CUUUUAAUCUUCCUCCUCCCCCCAACAGGCGAACUAGCAACGAUGACCACCACAUACUCUGCUUUCUUUUCAUCUGGUCUCCUAGCUCCUCCAACAUCUAACACCUAUGCUCGACCUCGCUUAGACUCGACUUCUACCAUUACCUCAGACGACAUUGACGAUGCAAGCGACCUUGACGAAUCGGGUUCUAUGUCCUAUGCCACUUAUAGAAAACGCACAACGAGCUCCAAUUUGAAGUCCAAAUCAUCCCAACCAGCGUUAAGGAAAAGAAAAUCGAGUGUUUCAUUGAACGUCACCACCUCUCCAGUUGCGCAGCUUCGAUCGCCUUCGAGGGCUGUAGAGAACGCGUUAUCAUUCCAGAGGCACCUUCAGUAUGCUCAGGGAACGCCUUCAAAGUCCCGUUCGAGGAGUGGAAGUGGAAGCGGGGAGGUUGCAAGUAUGGGGACAAGUUUGGUGGGAAGGAUGAGGAGUGCAAGUGUCGGCACAGCGUUAAAAUCUCACCGUUCUGUCCGACGGAUUCCGAAGAACCCUCUGCCGCCCCCUAGCGUACCGUUACCUCCAUUACCUCCGCUGCCGCCGAAGACACCUCAGAGGAUUCACGGUCGUUCGUUCUCCCUGGUACCUCACGGGAAUCCGAUGGCGAGGGCAGGUAGUGGCUAUGGGCAGGGAACGGCACUACCACCUGUUCCUGCUACACCGCCUGGUAUGGUAGUGGACUCGCCUCGCACACCGCUGGGCGAGAUUCAGCACUAUGGGGAGAUGGAGGAAGAGUGAUGGUUGAUAGUUGAAUGUUGACGAUGAACGUUCAAAUGUUCACGCCCCCUUGAUGCACAAUGCACACACGGCGAUGCGCUGCACGUCCAUUGACUGGUACCGUGUGGUAUGCUGAUGUGGUUGCUAUUUAUUGCCCUAGACGAUUUCUUCUAUUCCCCAUCCUUGAUCCAUUCUACACAUUACGUUCACAGUUAAACCCGUCUCAUCUAUCAAUCUUUGUUCAUGCCUGAUACGUUGACUUUAUCUCCCGUUUUCCUCUCGAUGAUAUAUGUAUCCUAACCCAAUUGCCUUCCCAACCUGUAUACAUCCUAUUUCCCCAUCCUCAUUGCUCACGAUGACACUGUAUUUAUUGCGUCGUUUCAUACAUGUUUCAAUCUUUGGCCGGUACAUAUGGUUAAAUAACAUCGGCUGGUACCUGUGGCAUAUGAUAUGUCAAUGUUGCCCUUG